AUGGAUCCCACCUCCACCCCACGGCAUACGGAUCGCUUCAAGAUGGGAAAUACAGAUCCAAUCCCCUCGUCUUCGCCGGCAUUUGGAACACCAGCACGUCCAUUUCGAUUGAAUAAAUCCAAUGCGCCACCUACCAAGACAUCUAUUCUACCUAUCCUACUCCCUCCUUCCACCCUCCGACCUGUCGCUUUCCGAACCUUCACUCGCAAGCACAACCUCACCAUUUCCUCCUCGGCACUCCAGACAUUGGCAGCAUUCGUGGGAAAGAACUGUGGCUCCGGCUGGCGAGAAGAAGGCCUAGCCGAGAAAGUCCUGGACGAAGUUGCGAAAAUAUGGAAAAGAGCCGGAGGAGGAGUCAUUGUCGAAGAAGGGAAAGGUGCCUCUCUCAAAGCGAUCCUGCAAACUCUCGAAGGAAGUAUGAGUGGUGGGCGAGUCGUCGCUGGCAAACAAAACAACUCCGCAGAUAGAGCUGGAAAUAUCUCGAGUGUGGGUGCUGAUGUUGGACGCAUUGACUUGAACGAUCAUUCACAAGGAGGUUCAUUUGCCUCGAGAUCCGCCGAUAAUGAGGAAGAUGAGUCCCAGCUAUCAAUUCACCCUCGGCACUGGUUAAAGGCGAUCGACGCCUUUGACCUCCCCCGCCUAACCUACAACGUCGACAAGAAGUAUUUCGAGACCCUCAAGUCAAAACCGACAUUGUUUCCACCCCCGUCACACAAAACUGCCCUGUUCAGAGACAGGUAUAACUUGGUCUAUCAAAGAUUGCUCCGCAAUGAGUCUUUCCAAAGCUCGUUGGGGAUCGCAGGCGUUCCUUCACUGCAGCGAUCUUCCUCGAAUCUCGCAACGGGACAAUCAUACAAAUUAACGCCGAUUGCAAACCUGCUCGGCCGAAGCGGUACAUCCCAUCUCCUCUUGGGACUCUUGACAACAUCACCAACCGGUGAUUUAUCAAUGGUAGACUUGACCGGAACCGUGUCUCUCGAUCUGAGCCAUGCAAGAAUGAUCCCGGAAGACGGAGCUUGGUUCGCACCGGGCAUGAUCGUGCUAGUUGAUGGUAUCUACGAAGAAGAAGAAAUGAUCAAGGGAUCUGUCCUGGGCGGCAAUACCGGCGUGGGCGGUUCCAUCGGCGGCCAUUUUGUCGGAGUAUCUAUCUGCGGCCCUCCAUGCGAGAGAAGGGAUAUUUCCCUUGGAACCGGGAACCGCCAAGGUAGCGGAGAGCUCAGUUCAAGCGGCGGAUUCGGCUGGGUUGACUUUCUCGGAAUCGGCAGCGAGCGUGCCCAGGGUGCUCGUAUGAGGAGAAUUCAAGAAAAAUGCCUCCAGGGCGAGCGGGAACAGGAAUCUCAAAUGGAGACCUCGGCAGCACCGCCGAGAUUGAAAGUCGCUGUGAUGAGCGAGGUCAAUCUCGACAACAUGAGAACUCUCGAUGCCCUACGCAAAGUCUUCAGUUCCUACAAUGACCUAGCCCUCCAUGAACGUCCCCAAUCUUUCGUCCUGAUCGGCAACUUUGUGCAAACAGCCGUCAUUAAUGGAGGUGGACGAGCCGGGAGCAUCGAAUAUAAGGAAUACUUCGAUUCCCUCGCCGUCGUGUUGUCCGACUUCCCUGCUUUACUCCAACACUCAACAUUCGUCUUCGUCCCCGGCGACAAUGACCCCUGGGCCGCUGCCUUCUCGGGAGGCGCAGCAUCAACAAUACCACGCCAUCCAAUCCCAGAACUAUUCACAUCUCGAAUCAAACGCGCCUUCACAACCGCCAAUGCAGAGCUAGAUCGAUCUCAGCAGAACUUAAGCCCCGCACCACCAGGCGAGGCCCUCUGGACCUCAAACCCAGCUCGUCUAUCAUGGUUCGGACCCGUCCACGACAUUGCCAUCUUCCGAGACGAUAUCUCCAGCCGCCUCCGACGAACCGCGAUAAACACCAAGACAGACGAAGACGAACCCGAGCCCGACACUACCAUGCACGAAGCCCUAGAAAACGACACAGUCUCCACCGAGCCCGAAUCCGCACCCGCAAAUGGCGGAAACAAACCCGACACCUCGUCCCCCGCCGCAAAAAUGGCGCGGCGAUUAGUCAAAACAGUCCUUGACCAAGGCACAAUUGCCCCAUUCCCACUGACCAUGAGACCGGUUCUUUGGGACCACGCCUCAGCCAUUCAACUGUACCCACUGCCGACAGCUCUGAUCCUGGCUGAUGCCGAGGCUAGUCCUUUCUGUAUGACCUAUGAGGGAUGCCAUGUCAUGAAUCCCGGACGAUUGCUUCCUGAGGGUGCUGUGCCGACUGUUAGAUGGAUUGAGUAUGAUGUUUUGCGGAAUCGGGGGAAGGUUAGAGAGGAUCGAUACUAA